AUGUCGUCGACGACUCUCCCGCUGCUCUUCAUCAACCUGGGCGGAGAAAUGCUUUAUAUCCUGGACCAGAGGCUACGAGCACAGAAUAUCCCUGUCGACAAGGCGAAGAAAGUGAAUUUGUUUUCUGGCUGGAUAAAGGUUGAAAAUAGGAAAUGUAUUAUGAAUGACAUCAUCACAACCAUGUUCAACAAGAAGUUUCUUGAAGAGCUCUUCAAGCCUCAAGAGCUUUAUUCCAAGAAGGCACUCCGCACCGUCUUCGACAGACUUGCCCACGCGUCCAUCAUGAGGCUCAAUCAAGCCAGCAUGGAUAAGCUGUACGACUUGAUGACCAUGGCCUUCAAGUACCAGGUUCUCCUGUGUCCUCGACCUCGGGACAUACUCCUGGUUUCCUUCAACCACAUGGACGCUAUCAGGGAAUUUGUCAAGGACACGCCCUGCAUUCUUGCCCAGGUGGACAACACCUUUCAGCAGCUCAUCAAGAUGUACACACCGUUGCCAAGCGGUGAAUUCCAGCUGAUUAGACAAACACUUCUCAUCUUCUUCCAGGACAUGCACAUAAGGGUAUCUAUUUUCCUAAAGGACAAAGUGCAGAACUCCAAUGGUCGAUUCGUGCUCCCAAUCAGCGGUCCCAUUCCCCAUGGAACACAAAUCCCGGGCGUGAUAAGGAUGUAUAGCUGUACUGGAGAGGAGACGAGCACAGUGCUGUUCAACAAUGCCGGUAAUUACGCUCCCGCUGUCUGCGAAGGAUCCUUCGAGCUUUUCGGCGACAGGAUCACCAAACUGGGCAACAACAUGUACAGCGUGUGCCGUCCAGUGGAAACUCAUAUGUCAGGAACCUCCAAGCACUCAUCACAGAAUACAAAGGUCAAAUUGGCUCCCAACCCUCUGGCUAAAGAGGAGCUAAACCUGUUAGCCACGCUAAUGGGAGGCUUGGACGUCCAGAAGAAUGCAGACAGUGGCUUCCGGGUUAAUCUUUUCGCUACAGACGAGGAGGAAGAGGAGGCAUUAAUAUCCAGACCAGAUGAGCUGUCUUACGGAUUUAUAAACAUCCAAGCUACAAAGGAUCAAACCGCCAACGCCGAGCUGGCCAAAAUCAUGGGCGAGUUCAGUGAGCCUCAGGAGUCGCCUGAUCAAUCCCCGAGUGUCAGCAGCAAAGGAGACGACCUCCUAGCCAUGAUGGACGGUCUGUGA